GCCGCCAUUUUGAAUGUCAGGUUUGUUCCUCCCUCCGUCGCAAAGAGAGAAGAUUUCAGUGAUUUUCUGGUGUCAAUAUAGCCGAGGAUGCCAGCUCCGAUCAGACUGCGGGAGCUGAUCCGGACGAUCCGGACAGCUAGGACCCAAGCCGAGGAACGAGAGAUGAUCCAGAAAGAAUGUGCUGCUAUUAGGUCGUCUUUCAGAGAAGAGGAUAAUACAUACCGCUGUAGAAAUGUUGCUAAGCUACUGUAUAUGCACAUGCUGGGAUACCCAGCACACUUUGGACAGCUGGAGUGUCUCAAAUUAAUUGCAUCUCAGAAGUUUACAGAUAAGCGUAUUGGGUAUUUGGGUGCCAUGUUACUGCUAGAUGAGAGACAAGACGUGCAUUUACUAAUGACCAACUGCAUCAAAAAUGACCUCAACCACAGCACUCAGUUUGUGCAGGGGCUGGCGCUGUGUACCCUCGGCUGUAUGGGCUCAUCGGAGAUGUGCAGAGAUCUGGCAGGAGAGGUGGAGAAGCUACUAAAAACAUCAAAUUCCUACUUGAGGAAAAAGGCCGCACUGAGUGCUGUUCAUGUUAUCAGAAAGGUGCCUGAGCUUAUGGAGAUGUUCCUGCCAGCUACAAAAAACCUUCUAAAUGAGAAAAAUCAUGGUGUUCUCCACACAUCAGUUGUUCUUCUCACAGAGAUGUGUGAAAGAAGUCCUGACAUGUUAGCUCAUUUCCGAAAGAAUGAAAAGCUUGUUCCACAGCUGGUUAGAAUCCUAAAGAAUCUCAUCAUGUCAGGGUAUUCACCAGAACAUGAUGUGUCUGGAAUUAGUGAUCCAUUUUUACAGGUCCGUAUAUUGAGGUUACUCAGAAUUCUGGGUAGGAAUGAUGAUGAUUCCAGUGAAGCUAUGAAUGACAUUCUUGCACAGGUUGCCACCAACACAGAGACGAGUAAAAAUGUAGGCAACGCAAUCCUUUAUGAAACAGUUUUGACUAUCAUGGACAUCAAAUCUGAAAGUGGAUUAAGAGUUUUAGCCAUUAACAUCUUGGGACGGUUUUUGUUAAAUAAUGACAAAAAUAUUAGGUAUGUGGCAUUGACAUCACUACUGAAGACGGUACAGACAGAUCACAAUGCUGUACAGAGACACCGGAGCACCAUUGUUGACUGUCUAAAAGAUUUAGAUGUAUCUAUAAAGCGACGUGCAAUGGAGCUGAGUUUUGCUCUUGUCAAUGGAAAUAACAUCCGUGGAAUGAUGAAGGAAUUGCUCUACUUCCUGGAUUCCUGUGAUCCAGAGUUCAAAGCAGACUGUGCAUCGGGGGUCUUCCAUGCAGCAGAGAAAUACGCACCCUCAAAAAGAUGGCACAUAGACACUAUUAUGAGAGUUCUAACCACGGCUGGCAGCUAUGUAAGAGAUGACGCCGUGCCCAACUUAAUUCAACUCAUAACAAACAGUGUGGAGAUGCAUGGGUAUACAGUGCAGAGGCUUUACAAAGCACUAAUUGAUGAUAUCUCGCAGCAACCUCUUACACAAGUGUCGUCCUGGUGUAUAGGUGAAUAUGGAGAUCUGCUGGUGUCUGGGAAGUGCGAGGAGGAGGAGCCCAUUCAGGUAACAGAAGAUGAAGUUCUUGACGUUUUAGAAGGCAUCCUGGUGUCAAACUUGUCGUCCACAGUUACAAGGGGAUAUUCUCUCACAGCAAUCAUGAAACUCUCCACCAGGUUUGCCAGUACUGUGAACCGAAUCAAGAAGGUAGUUUUGGUUUAUGGUAGCAGCAUAGAUGUGGAACUCCAGCAGAGGGCAGUAGAGUACAAUGCACUUUUCAAGAAAUAUGAUCACAUGAGGCCGGCCUUAUUGGAGCGAAUGCCUAUCAUGGAGAAGACAUCCACCAAUGGUCCAACAGAGGCUGUGCAAACCAAUGGAGAAACAGACCCUUCAAUCCUGGAAACUAAACACAUGCCCAGUGUCCCCCAGCCAGCCAACCAGGCAAAUGACUUGCUUGACCUUCUUGGUGGAAAUGAUGUAAAGCCUGUGAUUCAGACUGUCCCCCCAACAAAACUAGUUUCAGCCGGUGGAGAGCUCCUAGAUCUGCUUGGGGAUCUCUCCCUUUCUGGGGGUAUUCCUGCAUCUGUCCCUCCGGUCUCAAUCUCUCAGCCUCCCUUCCUGUUGGAUGGGUUAGUGUCACAGCCACUUUUCAAUGAUGUUGCAGCAGGUAUUCCGCCUAUGAUAGCAUACAAUAAAAAUGGACUGAAAAUAGAUUUCACAUUUGAAAGGUCCAACACAAAUCCGAAUAUAGCAGUUAUAACCAUGCAUGCCUCCAAUUCAACAGAGGCCGAGAUGACAGAAUUUGUAUUCCAGGCCGCAGUACCAAAGACGUUCCAGCUGCAGCUCCUGUCUCCCAGCAGUAAUAUUGUCCCAGCACUGAACGCAGGAACCGUCACACAGAUUAUUAAAGUACUCAACCCACAGAAGCAACAACUUCGAAUGAGGGUCAAGUUGACCUACACCCAUAAAGGUUCACCGCUACAGGAUCUGGCAGAGGUCAACAAUUUCCCUCCUCAAUCUUGGCAGUGAUGACCACAAUCCCUCAUCUUAAUCCCCUACUAAGGGAACUCUGGGAAGAAUCCCCCUGACUGAUCUCAUCUGACCGUAUCACCGCAAAGUGCAACCCUGGGAUGCACGGGAACAAAUGAAUCUGACAUGAUGACAAUGAUUUCUGAAAACAUAUCCAUUAGUAACUUUUUUUUUUUUUAAUUGAUUUCACCUCCAGCUUAAUAUGUCUGCUUGUAUUAACUACUGCACCCCAUCCAUCUGUUGGUACACACACACGCAAACUCUACGCACCUGCACAACACUUCCCACCUGCUGUUUCCUUUUGUUUUCUAUGUUGUAAAGACCCCCACACUCAUUUUAUUGUCAAUGAGUGCACAGCAGCUUUUCUUUAUUUUUUUCUUGCUUUCUUUCCCCUUUAAAUACAUGUAACUCAAAUCUAAGACUAACCAUCUUAUUACAUCCAUCACUUUUUUUUAUUUUUUUUUUUGCUGGUCCAAGAUCCUAAAACCUUUAAUUUUCUGAAUUCAGUUUUGUCUCAAAGGUUACAGUAAAGAAUUUGCUGGCUCUAGAUCCCAAUACUGAGUUGCACUUUUAUUGAAUUUCAUGGCUUACAAAAAUGUUUGUCUUAAAAUCAUCUACCCUGAGAUUUAGUUUCAUUUUGAUACAUUUUGCUUGAAGUUCUUUUUGCAUUUACUUGUUUAGGAGGAAAAUCAAAUGUCCUAUAUGGAUCAAAAUGAACCACAGAAUAUUUCUAUUAGUGUUCGCUGUAGGUGUUUGAAUAAGAAGGGUCGAUUUUAGACUACAAUCAUGUAUGAAAGUAACUGAAAACCAAAGGCUUAUUCUUCCCCUUUAAAAACGAUGAAUAUAAACAUUGUAGUGGAAGCACUGAGUAUCUCCUUCUCUAAGGUGUGGUAUCAGGGAUGAGUGGCUCCUCUAAGGCAUGAAAUAAAUCUGUGCUUUUUGUGUAACUUGUAUCACUGGCAAUACAGCUGUUUUAUAAAUUUGUAUUUAAUAUACCAUAGCGGUUAAUAUUGUUCAAUUGGAUCCAAUCAGGAAAAACGCCCCAAGCGCAUGGGGAAAUAGUGGAUGGUACAUUUCUAUAAUAAUGGGUAAAGAACAGAUUCUUUCUAACAUGCUGACAUUCUCUAACAUUCUCUAAGAAGAAAAAAAAAAGUUUUUAAUUGUUUAAUGAGGGGGUUGCAAAGUUGCUGGCUAACAUUUAUCCAUUGAAAGUAAUUUUGAAGUACAACAGCACUUUUUUUUUCUUAGCUCCUAAGCUUAUCCUGAAAAGUUGUUAUAAUAAAACAUAGGUUUGUUCUGGUUUAGUUCAGCGUACAGGUAGCAUUUUCAUUCCAGAAUGAAAUCUUUUUUUUUAAUAAUAUAACUUUUCUGUUAACAUUUAGUAACUUGCAAGAUGUAUCUAUUGUACUAAUUUCAGUGAUUUUAAAUAUUCUAAUUUUGCCUCUGUUUAGCCUCAAACUCCUGCACUAAGAUUGCUUAUCAGCAAGACCUGUCUGCAUCCAUAAAGUCUUACUGCUUCUGUCACUCAGAUUUGUAAUAAAUAACCAUAGAAGAAAAUAUUUGUAUGUGUAGCUGGGCAUUUGAAUAUGAUCUUGAAUGUAGUGCAAAGUUCUGAGCACACUUUUCUUCUACAUUUGGGUUCAUCUCAUAACAGCCUCCUCUUAUCCCAUUUACCACGUAUAUAGAAUUGGCUAUGUCAAAAAAAAAAAAAAAAAAAAACCUGUAAGCCAUGGAAAAUAGACCUUUCAGUCAGUUAACAUUCUAAUCUUGGGCAUGUUCUAAAAUGUGUAGAAAUAAUGCCUGCUAUUAAAGUGUGCCUUUUAAUGUAUCGCAGGCAGAUUUCCUGGUGCCACCCCUUGUAUUGGUUUAUUCUUUAUAUUUGGACAUGGCUCUGCAUCGUGGGCUGUUAUGUGUUUAAUUAUUAUGUCGUGUCUUGUAAGACUUGAGUAAACCUCAGUACCUGUAUCACUACAGCUUCCAACUAAAAGAGAAUUUGAUUAGCAGAAAUGUAAUCUUAAUGUCAUUUUAGUUGCAUUUACUUCACUAUCCAGAUGGAUUCUGUUACUGUUUUUUUUUUUUUUUUUUUUUUGAUGUUUGGCUUUUAUGUAUUGUGCGUACUCUUUCUUUUUGUCAUAACACACCUUCAAAUUAAGUAUAUAAAUUACUUACUGUUUUAUACUCCUGAAAUCUUAAGUGCAAAUUAUUAAUAGUCUUUAGUUUUUAAAUGCAAAAACAAAUUCUGAGGUGGAUAACUUCCUAUUUUCUCAACAAUAGCUGCUGUUAACUGUUAUAUUUCUCACAACAUAGUUGUUUCAAAAUUUAACUUAAAAUGGGGUAUAUAAACCACAGUCACUAAAUUGUGAAGUGUACGGGACAGUAGAAAGUCUUGGAGAUUUUCAUUAGAUAUACCUGAAUGCUUUAGUGUUACUGAUUUGUAAUAUGCUCCUAAAGCUAACAUAAUUUUCUUUAUGGUUGAUCAAGCUUUAGUUAUUAGUUACUUUAAAGUGUGUGGGGUAGGGGGUGGGGUUGGUUUAAGUAUAAACUAUUGAACAGUAAUGCCAAUUUACUUUGCGUUGGAGAUGUAAGAAAUGUUAUGUUAAAGAAUUAAACAACACAAUGGAUCUCAUUCUUUAAUGUGUGUAUAUAUUGAUGACAUUUUCUCUAAUUGACAGAGUUGAUAAGACUCCGAUUCCUUGUAUAUUACAGAAGAAACAGCAUCUGCUGCCUGUAUAUUGUAUAUAAUUGUACAAAAUAUUGCUGAAUAGAUAUCCAAUUGAAGACCGGUUACAAAUUAGUUAUGAUUACUUAAUGGUAUACAGCUAUUUAAUUUUUCAUUGAGGGAGACCAACCACUUUCCCUGUGGUUUGUUGAAUCUAAAGAUGAUGCAUAUGUUUGGCAUACAUUUAUCUUGCUAAAACGAAAUUACUUUUUUUCUCAAAAUUGUGAAGAUUUUCCUUUAGUGGAACAAUUGAUAAGUUGCUGGUGGCUGGGGUUUGUUAUUUGGGGUGUGCUAAAAAAAAUUUAAUUGUUUAUGGAGCAAGUGCUAAGCUACUGAGUAGGUUGAUUGUAGUGGUGUGCAGUAAAACCAAUAACACAGAUAUCUGUUUGUUGCUUUGGUCUGUUUGCAUUCUCUUUAAGGGUGUGAACACUUUGCCAAGGUAGCAAGAUCUGCCUUCAGCAUUGCACUGUAUAAUAUUACUUGGCUUUUGUUUCCUGCUCAAGACCCUAUCUAAGUCUGGUUUAUGUAGAUUGCAUCCCUUGAGCCAGACUGGCACUCAAGAGAUAGAGGUGCACAUAUAAUUGUAGUCUGGCUCUUAGGGUGCCUUUUAACACUGGACUGCUUGUAAUGGGUAGUGGUGUGUUUUUUUUUUUUUUUUUUUUUUUUUUUUUUUUAUAAAUUGUUUAAAAUGCAUAGCUCAAAUGAAGUAUCUAAUCUCUGUCUGAAUGGACCAUGCUUCUGCCCACUAUUAGUUGAUGGAACUUGCCUGCCCCAUCUCAAGCAGAGCUUUCGGCUCUUGGAUUGAUUUAAUUACGAAGUAAAAGAAACUGAUUAACUCAAGCAAAUAAUAAAAACCGUUGGGUAAACCUUUCUUUGUUUUCAUAAAGACUACCAGUAGAGGCAUAUACGGUUAUGAAUGGCAGGCAGGCUGCUGAAACGGCAAGAGGCUUGUUUCUGUAUUCUCUCUUGUGCCAAGAGCUGUGUGUCACUUUUUGCAUUAAAAAAAAAAAAAAUCGACAAACUUAUUCAGUUUUGUUUGUGGGUUUAUUUUUGCUCUGUUUUAAAAAAAUUGUUUGUGCAUGCUUGACAUGGGAAUAGCCUCACUGGUCUUGUUAGCAUUUGCAUGGGUCACUGCUGUUCAUUUUUCAUAGUGCUGUACCACCUUUCUGUGGGUGUCAGUAUAAGCUAGCCUACUGUGUAAAGCUGGGAGGUGGCAGUGUAGCUUAGUGCUUACAUUUGAGGACUGAGAAGCAGAGUAUUAUGGUCUUAUUGUCGAGUGUUUUGAAUGUCUAAAAUAAAUAAAAUGAAUGAGAGUAUGAAUCUUUUUUUUAUUAUUAUUAUUCAAGCGGAGUUACUCCUUUUAGGAAAUAAAACUUUAUUGAGCACUAGUUUAUUAUUUUUGUUUGCACAGACAGUAACUUUCCACUAGUGUGCACUGAGCAAACAGGCUCAAAAGGAUUGAAAAAUAUGUUUUCCUUUUCAAUGCAAGUCAGUUCAUUACUUGACUGGCUUCUGUGAUCAGUCUUAAUUACUGGAAAGGGAAAUCUUCAUGUUUGUUAAUCAUAUACAAUGCAUUUGCAGCAUUGCUGAAAAAUUUAUGAACAGCAAUGGAACCUGUAAUCUAAAUGUUACCUAGUCUAUGUGUGUGGGUUGUAUUAUUUUUUUUUUCUUUUCUCCUGCUGCACAAGGUGAAAUGUACAACUUACGGACAGCUGCAACAGUUCAACAAUUUUUUGCUUGAGAGUCGCAUGUGAAAACCAUUGUAAAUGUUCUCAAUUCUACACCUGUAUUUUAUUUUUUAAAUGCAAAAACUUUUCCUGCACUGGAACAUAAUGUAAAUUAGGGUGUAAACCUCUAUUAAUAAAGCUUCCAAGAGUUUUGAAAAUCUUUUAACUUU